UUUUCAUGGGGAGACGUGAAAGGUGCAGCUCCCUCCCUCCCUCGAAGCCCCUUUCUCUCUCUACCCUGCCCUGCCCUGCCCUGAUUUUCUCUCUUCUGCGAACUACCUAAUAUCCAUCUACCUCUCUCCUCUUUCUCUCUCUAACCCAACCAGAUUCUCUCUCCUCUUACAUUUUCCUUUUAUGACCAGUUUCUCUCUCUCUGCACUUCCCCCACUCUGUCUACUUCAAGUAUAUUUUACCCACUGAGCUUUCUCUCUCUAAACUUCACUCUCUCUCUCUAAACGUACCCUCUCUCCACUCCUCCAGCCGUUUUUCUCUCUCUCCGCUUGCCCAACGCGCGCUUUUAGCCUCUACCCAGUCCAGAUUCUCCAGCACCUGCGCGGGCUUCUUUACCUGAAACCCACUCUCUCUCUAAACCUGUUGCCCAGUCUCUUUUUCUCUCUAAACUCUGCCACUCUCUCUCUACCCUGUAGCCCACUCUCUCUCUAACCGCGACACAGACAAGGAUAGAAGGGAGGGGUUGUCUGUCAGCCGAUGUAUUUUACGUCAAAUCACACACCUGCAACUGCCUCGCUCCAUUUAUAACAGAACAGUCCUUCUGACUUUUUCAUCUUCUCUUUUUCUCCGCUGCAAGCUGUGGGCUUGUUCUUCUUUGUUCUUUGCCUUUGCUCUUUUGCUGUUGCUCUCUUUCUCUCUCUGUUGUUUCUUUCAUCCCCGCUCAAACAGUGAGAGAAAGCCAGGCAGCUAACGCCAUGUUAGGAAUCUGAUAAUCUCUCUCUAACCCACUUUACUUUCUAACCUCUUAACUUGCAGGGUCUCCGCAGAAAUGACUAAAGAUGAAGACUUUAAGCUCCUCAAGAUCCAGACAUGCGUUCUGAAAGUACACAUACAUUGUGAAGGGUGUAAGCAGGAAGUGAAGAAGGUGCUUCAGAAAAUCGAAGGUGUGUACACUGUUAGCAUAGAUGCAGAGCAGCAAAAGGUCACGGUCUCAGGCAAUGUGGACUAUGCAACUCUUAUGAAGAAGCUAUCAAGAUCGGGAAAGCAUGCAGAGCCAUGGCUCCAAAAGGCCAAACAAUCACAACAGAAGGUCCAAACCCUCAACCCCAACAAGCAAGAGAAAUCCAACAACAACCAAAACCAGAAGCCUUCCUCUCUUAUCAAAGACAUGAAAGCCUUCAAAAAGCUCCAAGCCUUCAACUUGGAGGAAGAUGAUUUUUCUGGUGAAGAUGAUGAAGAUUCAGGGGACGAAGAUGAAGCUUGCAAUGAAUUUAGAAUGAUGGUCCAAAACAAUGGCAAGAAAAACCCAAACCCGAACCCCAACCACAACCAGAGCUUCAAGAACGGCGGUGCCGGCACACCAGGAAGUGGAGGAAAGAACGCGAAUUCUAGCGAGAGGAACAGUCACAACCAGAGCGCCAUGAAAGUUUCCGAUCAAAAGGGACCCAACAAUAGCAAUGGGAGCAAGGUGGUUGGCUUUAAUGGUGCAGAGGUGAAGAGAGGAGGCCAUGAAAUUAAUGGAAUCGGCGGGUUAGGGUUGGGGUUUAACGGUGCUGGUGCAAAUGGUGCCGGGUUAGGUUUUCAACCUCAGCAGCACCAUUUUAACAACUUGCAGGGUGCAGCCAUGGCAGCUCAGGGUUAUGGAGUGAAUCCCACUUCAUACCAGCAACAAUUACAGCAACAACAAUUACAGCAACAGCAACAGCAACAGGCAGCAGUGAUGAUGAUGAUGAAUAAUAAUAGUAUUCACAGGCCACAAACUUUAGGAGAGAGAUACAUGCCACAAAUGAUGUAUUAUAGGGCCCCUCCAACCCCUGCUGCUACUGCUUUUCACCAUCCUCAAUCUGAGAGUGCUGAAUAUGCCACCCAUAUCUUCAGUGAUGAGAAUGCAAAUAGCUGUUCCAUCAUGUGAGAGAGGGACUGAGGGGUUUGUUUGUUUGUUCAGACUUUGGAGAGAGAGAGAGAUCAGACUAGUUACUGGA